UGAAAGAAAGCAUCUAGACAAAACAAGCUGUUUAAACAAUACUAUUUGCCAAAUUAUAUAUAUAUAUCUCAAUGUUAAGGUGAAUCAACAGAGUAACGAUACAAGUACUUUUUAGUGUGUUUUUUUUGUUAUUGUGUGUUGAAUAUUUAUAUACAUUACAUUUGUUGUACACGAUCGAAUCGUAAAAUUUAAUAUACAUUUGAUCGUGAAUCUAAAUCGAUUGUGGUGGGUGAAUAAAUUCCAGUUGGAAGAAGAGUUUGUGGUUAAUCGAAGUAGCGUUGUUCACUCGGUCUGAUGUGAAAUCUGACGAAACGAAACAAAAUAUUUGUGAAAUUCAGUGCAAAUUAUUCCAAAAAUUGUUGCGAUUACGACACAAUUUGAGAACAACAAAAUGAAAACGGAAACAGUACAAGAGCCGCAGAAAAAUGGAAAGCCACAAAAUUCCACCGAAAAAAUCUAUCCGCAAUUGCCGCCUCAAAAAUCAAUAUUCAUAACAUAUGUGCUAUGGUUAUUCGGCGGUUUCUUUGGCUUACAUCAUUUAUAUUUGGGAAAUGAUUUGCAAGCGUUUGUGUGGUGGGCAACGAUCGGUGGCUAUUUCGGCAUUGCAUGGAUUGGUGAAAUAUUCAAAAUACCGGAAAUGGUACGAGAUGCGAACGACGAUCCGGCGUUCAUUCAAAAAUAUGUGAAUGUUCUGCGAGCCUACCCAAAGCCUCAGUUCUCAACAUCACGCUUUCUGUUUGCUGUCAUGGUGGGAUACUUAUGGGCGCAAUUAUUUUUACUAGCCAUUCCCCAAGAUAAAUUUGGUGGAAUUGAUUGGAGCUAUUUGCAUUGGUUUGUGCCACUGGUUGGAGCUCUGGGUAUUUAUAUGGUUGGUAAUAUUGGGCGAGAGAAAGGUGUCCUAUGGCAUUGUUUACUUGCUGCAUACGCUACCUAUCCAAUUCGUUACGUAAUUUAUGACGAAUCAUAUUGGUUGACAUUUACAUUGGUUGGAUCGGCGUUGGCAUUCGAUUACUUUAGCAAAGAAUUUGAUCGUGAACCGAGAAAACGUCGAUCACUUAAAAAACGUUGUUUCUACUUGUCGGUGGGCAUUUGCAUAUAUCUAUCGGUUUGGAUUGCUUUUUUCUACUUUAAUGGUAAAAUUUCGGAUGGUGACGGCGAAGAGAUUCCAGUUCACGAGGCAAUACAUAACUUUUUCGCUUCAUCAUGGUGGACCGAUGUGAAGCAAACGUUAAGCGAUAUCUAUCAGUAUGCACAACAUCAUGGCUGGUACGAAAUUUAUAAACAAAUUAUAGAAUCUCUGGAUGUGGAUGGUGAGCAAAAGGCUUACAAGGUGUUGGGAGUGCUACCGACCGCCAGCCAAUCCGAAAUAACAAGUGCAUGGAGAGCACUAUCGAAAGAGAAUCAUCCCGAUAAGGUAAAAGAAGAGAGUAAAAAACGCGAUGCUCAAUUACGAUUUAUGGAAAUUCAACAAGCCUACGAAGUGCUGAGCAAAAUCAAGUCAAAACGACGACGAAAAAACAAAAAGUUUACCGAAGAUUUGUAAAUUUGUCUAAUUACCCCAAAUGUACUUGGUAUUGAUAGUUGUAUUUUGUUAAGAUCUGGUUAAGAUCAUUAGAUUGAUUUUUUUUAUUAGUUACACAUGAACAUCAGCUGCAUCAAAUUUGAACUUUUAUUAUUUAUAAAUAUUUAAAGAAAAUAUUUAAGAAAAUUGGAAUGCCAAAGGACGCAUUAAAUAUUGUAUUUACUUAAAA